GUCGCUGUUGCACAGGCGUGCGCAAUUUUGAAGAGUGACAUGUUUGGUAUCUAUUUACUUGGUGUAACACAGUGUUUCUCAACUCCAGUCCUCAUGGACCCCCAACAGGUCAUGUUUUCAGGAUUUCCCUCAGAUGAAACAGCUGUGGUAAUUACUAAGGCAGUGAAACUGAUCAAAUCACCUGUGCAAAAUAAUGGAAAUCCUGAAAACAUGACCUGUUGGGGGUCCAUGAGGACUGGAGUUGAGAAACACUGGUAUUAGGUUAUGUAUUAAAAAAAUGUUUUUUAUUUAUUUUUUCCCAAAAAAUUGUGUUUGAAAACCACUGUGCAAAUA